AAAACGUUUUACAAAUAAAGGAAACCUCGCAAUACACGAAGGAGUGCACACUAAAGAAAAACCUUACAAAUGUACCGUUUGUUCAAAGUCUUUUAUGACGAAAUCCAUCCUGUUAAGACACCAAAGCGUGCACACUAAUAAUAAUCCUUACAAAUGUGCCGUUUGUUACAAAGCCUUCAAGGAAAAAUCUAAUAUGCUAAAGCACUCACGGCGGCAUACUGGAGAGAAGCCAUACAAAUGUGCUGUGUGCCUGAAAUCUUUUUCGGUUAAAUCCUGCCUGGUACAGCAUGAACGCAUACACACUGGCGAGAAGCCAUACAAAUGUGACGUGUGUCUAAAGUGUUUUACACAAAAAGCAAACCUCGCAGUACACAAACGAUCGCAUACUGGAGAAAAGCCUUACACUUGUGACGUGUGCCUGAAAUCGUUUUCGAAAAAAACUCACCUGAUUACGCAUGAACGCACGCACACUGGAGAAAAGCCUUACAAAUGUUUCGUGUGCCUGAAAUCUUUUUCGGUAAAAUCCAGUCUGGUCAUACACGAGCGCCUGCAUAGUGAGGAAAAGCCUUACAAAUGUGCUGUGUGCCUGAAAUCGUUUUCAAUUAAAUGUAAUUUGGUAGCACACGAACGCUUGCAUACUGGCAAAAAACCCUACAAAUGUAGUGUUUGCCUGAAAUCUUUUUCGGCGAAAUUUAGUUUGGUAUUACAUGAACGCAUACACACUGGCGAGAAGCCAUACAAAUGUGACGUUUGUCUAAAGUAUUUUUCACAAAAAGCAAACCUCGCAGUACACAAACGGUUCCAUACUGGAGAAAAUCGCUACACUUGUGACGUGUGCCUGAAAUCUUUUUCGAUAAAAUCCAAUCUGGUAGCUCACAAACGCAUCCAUACUGGAGAAAAGCCUUACGCUUGUGACUUAUGCCAGAAAUCUUUUUCGACAAAAACUCAUCUGGUUACGCACGGACGCACUUACACUGGAGAAAAGCCUACAAAUGUGCUGUGUGCCUGAAAUAUUUUUCGGUUAAAUCCUGCCUGGUACAACAUGAACACAUACACACUGGCGAGAAGCCAUACAAAUGUGAAGUUUGUUUAAAGUGUUUUAAACAAAAAUCAAGCAUCGCAUUGCACAAACGCAUGCAUGCCGCAGAAAAGUCAUACAAGUGUGUCAAGUGCCUGAAACCUAUUGCGGUGAAAUCCUACAUUUCAAAAAAACAUAAACAUGUCCAUUCUGGAGGAAAUCCUUGCGAAUGCGAGGUUUGUUUCAAGUGUUCCAAAAUAAAACCGGGGUCGACAUAAACGUGACCAUGUUGGAGAACAGUCAGAUCUUUAUCAGCCAUAAUUUCC